AGUCUGGGGCCAGAGCCUUCCCUUGUUCUGAUGACCUCUGGGAGCCUCAGAGGAAGCCAUUGCACUGUAUUAAAGUCUUCUGGGAUGAAACAUGAGGCGCUGGGAGAGGGCACAGUGAGCAAAGUGCUUGCCAUUCAAGCAUAAGGACAUGAGUUCCAGCCCCAGAGUCUGAGUACGAAGGUAUCUGGGGCCAGGAUGAUGAACCAUACCACCAGCUACCAAUAUGAUUAUGAAUAUGAUUACGAUCUUUACCAUGACCUUCCGGAUGUUCCCGUAGACUGCCCAGAUGGUGAUUGCUUAUCUAGUGAUGUCUACCUUAUAGCCUUGGUUCUUCUGUAUGCAGCCAUCUUCCUGGUGGGUGUACCAGGCAACAUCUUGGUGGCUUGGGUGACCUGGAAAGAAUCCUGCCGCAGGCUUGGGGCCUCUUGGUUCCUGCACCUGGCUGUGGCUGACUUGCUUUGCUGUGUGUCUCUGCCCUUCCUGGCUGUGCCCAUCGCCCAAAAGGGUCACUGGCCAUAUGGGGCAGCAGGCUGCUGGCUGUUGCCCUCGGUCACCGUCCUGUCUAUGUACGCCAGUGUGCUGCUCUUGACUGCCCUCAGCGCUGACCUCUUCCUACUGGCUUUCAGGCCCUCCUGGAAGACUGCUGAUCACCGGACACUCGGGGUGCGGGUGGCCCAGGUCUCUUCCUGGAUGCUGGCCCUGGUGCUAACGGUGCCCUCUGCUGUCUACCGUAGGCUGCAUCAGGAGCAUUUCCCUCCACGGCUUCUGUGUGGCAUAGACUAUGGGCGAUCUGUCGCUGCAGAGGCCACCAUCACCGCUGUUCGAUUUCUCUUUGGCUUCUUGGGGCCAUUGGUGUUCAUGGCCACUUGCCACGGCAUCCUCCAAUGGCAACUGACCCGACGUCACUGGCCACUGGGCACAGCUGUCGUGGUUGGCUUUUUCAUCUGCUGGACCCCUUACCACAUCCUGAAGGUCAUAAUUGCAGUGGCUGCGCCGUACUCCUUGCUCCUUGCCCGGGUCUUGGAGGCUGAGCCUCUGGUUUCAGGCCUGGCCCUUGCUCACAGUGCUCUCAAUCCCAUAAUGUUUUUGUAUUUUGGAAGGAAACAACUCCGCCAGUCACUCCAGGCUGCAUGCCACUGGGCCCUGAGGGAUCCACAGGAUGAGGAAAGUGCAGUGAGCAAGGUAUCCACCAGCCACGAGGUGAUGUCUGAGAUGGCCGUGUAGUCAAGAGGGAUUUGAAUUUCCUAGGCCACUUCACAAUCGUGCAGCUCCAGGCACAGCUGGAUCCAGGAGCUCCGCGACAGUUUUUGUUCUUCAUUCAAUAAACAUUCAUUGUGCACACUGGCUUGUGCCAAGCCCUGAUCUAAGGUGCUGGGUGUGGCAGUAGCCUGAACCAAUUCUUGCCCCCAGGAACCAGCACUUUGUAGAGGAAGACAGAUAGGAAGGAGCAUAAGGGCUGUGGAAUAUGUCAAGGGUGAGAUGUUUCAUAGACCCUAAGGAGGGCCCCAGCACCUACGCAAAAGUUGGGUAUGGCAGCACGCCUAUAAACCCAGCACUGAGGGAAUAGACGGUUCCUCGGGGAGGGGGAGGUCCUCUGCCCAGCCUGUCUAGGCCAACGAGAAGCUCCAGUGAGAGACCCGUCUCAAGAAUAGAGUGAAGCAGGCUUGGUGGUGAUACCUUUAAUGAUAACGUUUGGGGGCAGAGGCAGGUGGAUCUCUGUGAGUUUUAGGCUAUCCUGAUCUACAUAGUGAGUUCCAGGUGAGGAUAUCCAACCUUGACUGUAGGCUAACCCCCAUACACACGUGUGUGUGUGUACACAGGCACACACAAAGGUGGGGCAGCCUAGGUCAGUCAGGCUAGCACCUUGAGAAAAAGGUUAUGACUGAGCCAAAAUCUGAAUAAUGGAGAGAGGAUCCACGUUUAAAUCUGGGUAGCUAUUCCAAGCAGGCAGAGCAAGUGCAAAGGCCUUGUCCCUGGGUGCCUCCUCCAAGAAGCCCUCCCUGACUUGCUUCCUGCCCAGGGACAAGGGCUCCUCCUAUCUUACAAUCUCUUUAACACAAAUGCCCAGAUAAAUUAUAAAUUCCCCAAAGGUGAGAGCUGGACUUACUCCAUCUUUUAAACUGUUGUCUUAUGUUUAGUUGUUUACUAUGUGUCAGAAAGGGGUGGGGUAAUGUGGUUGGAGGAUGACUACCUCCAUCAUGCUGGUACUGAGGAUUGAACUCAGGUCGUCAGGCUUGGCUGCAAGCACCUUUACCUGCUGAGCCAUCUCGCCAACCCCAACCUCCUCAGUCUUAUCUCAUCCUAUGACUUAGAAAUUAUUGGAUUUUCUCUGUCUCAAUUCUAAUUUUUUCAACUAGUCUGUGGGCUCCUUGAUGCUGCCAGUGCCUUUUUGUGUUAGUUUGUUUUGGAGAUCUUUAAGCAAUUUAUUUAAAAAAUGUCAUAUAGAUAUAUAUUGUACAUUGAGCAGAUCCUCACCCUUACCCAAGGUUUGCAGGAUUUUAACACCUAUGGUAUACUGUGUCUACCAGCUCUCCUCCACA